CCCCUGCCUACCUCGUCCGCGGCUUCGCUAUCGCUUUUCGCCCAGCCUUAUCCAGGCAGGCCCAGCGAGAGCACCUCCGCCGCUCCCGGACGACGCCGGCGCCCGCGACGCGCUCGAUGGAACGCCGCGCCUGAGCUCUCCCGGACUCGCGCUCCCAGCCCCAGCGCCCGCGCCGCCUCGGCAGAUGCCGCUCGCCGGCAUUGCCCUCGCGCCUCUCCUCGUCUCCCCCCUCGCGCCUUCGCCUCGCCGUGGCAGCGUCGCCACUGCCGCCGCGAGAAGGCCGAGCGCUCUCCGGCGAGCUCGGUGCUCGGCCGCAGCCGCUUCCGGUGAAUCCGGGGAGGCCGGUGAGCUGCCACGCGCGACGCUGCUAUGGAGGGCGGCCAAGCUGCCCAUCUACUCCGUGGCGCUCGUGCCACUCACGGUAGGGAGCGCCUGUGCUUAUCAUCACGCAGGCCUAUUCUUUGCCAAACGCUAUUUUAUUAUCUUGGCAGCGGCAGUCCUUGUGAUCACUUGGCUCAAUCUGAGCAAUGAUGUCUUUGAUUCGGAUACUGGGGCUGACAAGAACAAGAAAGAAUCUGUUGUUAACAUUAUUGGCAGUCGAGCAGUGACACAAAAUGCUGCAAAUGUUUCUCUUUUCCUCGGCUUUGCUGGGCUAUUUUGGGCCUUUGCGGAAGCCGGUGAUGCUAGAUUCAUCUUCCUGGUGACGUGUGCAAUCUUCUGUGGUUAUGUUUAUCAGUGUCCUCCAUUUCGAUUAAGCUACCAAGGACUAGGUGAGCCUUUAUGUUUUGCUGCUUUUGGUCCAUUGGCAACCACAGCUUUCUACUUCUCAAGCAGCAAUGUAAAUAUUUCAAGCGGAACAGCACUGCUCCCUCUCACCAAAACAGUUAUAGCUUCAUCAGUCCUUGUUGGGUUGACAACUACUUUGAUACUCUUCUGCAGCCAUUUUCAUCAGAUUGAUGGAGAUCUUGCUGUUGGGAAGAUGUCUCCCCUGGUAAGAGUUGGCACUGAAGCAGGAUCACGAAUAGUGAUGGUUGCUAUUGCCAUGCUUUACAUUCUCUUGGCAGCAUUUGGCGUAUGCAAAGCUCUUCCAUCAGCUUGCACUGUCCUUUGUGCCCUUACUCUACCAGUGGGCAAAUUGGUUGUGGAUUAUGUGCUGAAAAAUCACGAGUUUGAGAUUGCGCCUUCAGGACAAUGCUAAGAUUUUCAUGGCGAAGUACUACUGUGUGCGACUGCACGCUCUGUUUGGGAUGGCGCUGGCUUGUGGUUUGGUCUUGUCCCGGAAUGGUAUACUAGCCUGACAGAUGAGCAACCCAGAAAUCCAUGAGAGGAUCCAGAGCAGAGAGCUGCACCGCACCACCCACAGCCUUCCAUUGCGUUCUGAACUUCUGAUUCAGCGACAGAACAGACUGAACGCUGAGAAUGGGUGCAGUACUGAACUGGGGCAGAUCUGCCAAGAAAUGGAGAGGAAAUGCCAGGGAGGUACUCAAUGUCCACUGGGCCGUAUUGGACGGCAAGUCGCUGUUGCUGCUUGAGUGAACGAGGAGGUUCCGACGUUUGGUGCCUGUGAGUUGGCUUGCUUCAGCAUCCGGUUUUUGCCCAAGUUGCACGUCUUCUACGCUUUGACCGGCUCGGCUGGCUCAUGCACGGUCAGGUUGCCGUUGCACAUAUAGCCGUAUAGGAGGAUCCCAAUAUGAAUUGAAUUCCAAGCCAGGACGAGUCAUGUUCAAGCAUUACUUCUCUGUACAAACGUACCAACUGGCCAUGUAGAUAUGUGGGGAUUUCACACGCCGCUGUCUCUCACAUUUUGCCUUCCUUGGUUGGUGGUUAGCUAGCUACCGUGCAGGGUUUGUAAUUGCAAUGUCUUGUUUCAUCUCUUUGUCCGGACAAGUAAACAAUGUUAAUACAACCAAACAUGUAAAACAAAAUGCAAAUACGCAGUCAUCUUGAGA